AUGCCAUCUCAAGUAGACAACACAAGAGUGUCUACACAGGAGACAACUCCAGGGCACUCCCUUUCUAAAUCUUCUUUAAUGGUCUCAAUAUAUCUAAAGUUUCUCAUUCCGAAGCUUCUUUCUGUCUCUUUCUCGGAGAAAACUCUCAUUGUUGAGUCCUACAACAAUGAUGCAUCACAUGAAUUCAUGGAAGAUGUUUCUGAGCUAAGAAAAUGCAAUGUUCUUGUGGCGCUUGUAAAGAAGCUUGAAUUGUUCUCUGAUGAUGUCUUCAGCUUGAGGACACGUGUCUUUGCAGUAGUUCAUAACAAGAUCAGGAUCAUGGGUUUGCAAAAGUUGAUAGGGAUGAAAAGUAGAGUAGGGCAAGGAAGAAGAGAGCUUUGGAAGACAUUAGUUCUCUCUUUACAGAAGCUUAAGUGGCGCUACUGUGAGCGAUCGCCGACCGACAAAGACGUUCUCAGGCACGGAGAAGCCGCGCACAGUAACUCUGCACAGAUCGGCAAUGGUGGUUGUUCAUCGUCGCUGCACACGGCUUCUUUGUGCCUGAUCGACAGUGGUGGUUGUGAUGCUCAAAUAAUGAUCGCCUACACGCUUCACUGUGAAGCGGCGCUUGGCAGUCUCUCAGCAGCGUCGCAACACUGUCGUUAUUCUUCUUUUUUUAAUUUUUGUUGUGGUGGUGGUGUUGAUGUUGGUUGUGUUGUGGUUCAAAUGUGGUGUGGUGGGUUGGUGGGUUCAGAUCUGGUUGGUGGUGGUGGUUCUGAUAGUGUAGGGUUGGAUGCGGUGGUGGUGAUAGUGUGUGUGUUGUGGGUGCGGUUCUCUUCACCGGUGGUUAAAACAUUGAUGGCGAGUUGGUGGUGGUGGUGA